ACUAACCCCUCACUGCAGACAUAGUAAGACUAUAAACACUAGAGUUGUAUGAUUUCGGGGGGAGAGCUGUUUUUGUCCUUCAUUGCAUGUUAGUCAUUGUUGAACAGUAAUCAAGAACAGAGUUUCCCAGUAGCAGUAGCAGUAGCCAGUAGCCACUGCCUUUCUUUUUCCUACUCUUUCUCCUAUUUAACCAAACUCCUCGGUCACUUUCCUGUAGCAACAAAUGUUGUAUCAAAGAUGAUGAUGAUGAUGAUUCUUAUUGGGAAGAACAUUUCACCAUCUCUACAGCAUUCCACCACCUAAAGAAAGACACUUGGAGAAUUCUUUUGCUGCUAUGGAUCUCACUAGCAACAACUACUUGGAACCCUUUGCAUCUCAAGGGGGAGCAACUUUAGAGAGUGAUGAUGGAUUGUGCAAGAAUAGAAGCAUAAAGAAUCCAUUUUUAGAUUCCUUUUCUGACCCUCUAUGCAGGCUGAAUCUCAAAGAAACCUCAGAGUUUGUCAAGUCAUUUCCAGUGGGAAAUAAUGGCACAGAGAGCAGAGGGUUUCUUGAGAUUUCAGCACAUAGAGGUGGAGAUAAUGGGGUGAGCUCAGUCACAAGGAGAAAUGUAGAAGCACCUCCCACUCCUGGAAGGCCUGUUUUCAGCUUCAGCAAUGGAGGAUUUUCAAGAAAGAGUUUCCCUUCAAAAUGGGAUGAUGCAGAGAAAUGGCUUGUUAGUGGCCAUGAUUCUCCAGCUAAUAACAAUCAUAAUGGCCUGUUGUUCAAAUCAUUAGAUUCUUCAAAGAUGUUCUCCAAACAAUGCAGUGGGUACAAGCCACAGCUUGGCGAAAUCUUUGCUGAGAAAUCAAGGGUUACUGAGGAGAAAGUUUCAACUUUUCAAGGGGCUUUAGUGCUGGACCAUCACACCUCAGCUAGAGCUAUCAGUGGGGUUUCACUUUCACCUACAGCAGAUGUACUUCUAAAAGAUAAAUUCCCAGACGAGGUGAAUCCAUUAAGUCCCAAGUUUGGAUGCUCAGAGCCAAUGCAAGAAGGAUUUAUAUUCAGAAAUGCUAUGAAAAAAUCCACUAACAAUGCGGCGACUACGUUAGAAACGGUGCAAGAAGUGAAACACAGAGACAUUGGCACAGAAAUGACCCCUCUUGGCAGCUCCACCACUUCAAGAUGCCCGACACCAUUCAAAAGCACGUCUCCAGCCCGCCACAACACGCCGGCUAAUAGGUCUGGCCCGUUGACCCCGACUAGCAUUGAUGGCUCAAACACCGUUGACAUAACACAAUUGCAAGAAUGCCAUUUAGCCAAGCUACACAUUGGGUCGAUGCAGUUUGAUUCUGUGACGUCGAAUUGGAGCUCUAGAGAGGAGGAGGAGGAGGAUGUGUCGAAGAGUCUGAGACACUAUGAGAUGAGUAGUGAGUGCCGGAGAAACAUUUCAGAGUCAAGGUCUUGCACGUGGGAAGAAGAGGAGAAAACUAAGAGCUGCCUUAGGUACCAAAGAGAAGAAGCAAAGAUCCAAGCUUGGGUGAAUCUCCAGAGUGCAAAAGCAGAAGCUGAAUCAAGAAAGCUUGAGGUGAAAAUACAGAAAAUGAGAUCGAAUUUGGAAGAAAAGCUAAUGAAGAGGAUGGCAGACGUGCACCGGAAAGCUGAAGAAUGGAGAGCAGCAGCACAGUUUCAACACUCGGAGCAAAUUCGAAAAGUCGGGCAGCAGGCACGCAAGGUAAUGAAUCGUAACAACUCACAUUUCUCAGGGCGCAAAUCCUGUGGCUGCUUCCCUUGUAAUAACCAUAACAUGUGAGAAUAGAUGGAAACUGUUGAGAGAAUAUUUCAGCAAUGAAGAUGUGUGGCUUAAUGACAAAAUCCAGGACAUUAACCAUUACAUACUACUAGUUCAGUUCAUGCAUUCGCAUCACGUUUACCUGGAAGGAAAAACAGUCUUCUUACAGGACUUGGACAAAAUAUACUACAGUGAUCAUAAAGUGCAACUACAUGUGAAUUUCUGUGGGGUAAAUGACAUUUACUGAAAAAUAGAGGGGUCAAAGAAAAUAUUU